UGUACAACGAAGAGCGUGUAGCACAUCGUGUGUUACACCACCUUGGGUUUUUCACUCAUCUUCUGGAAGUUUCGGUUUAUGGGCUGUCAAUUGUACCUCAGAAUACCCGCUCCAGUGAAACGUAACUUUUAACGUUGAUUACGGAUUUUUUCUUUAUUCCAAACUGGCAACCUGCACGUUGUUCAGGGGGAGGCGCUAGUCCGCAGUAGUUUCUGGAAGGAACCUCAUGCUUGCACCAUGGAGAAAGUUUCAGCGUUGAAAGACCAGGGCAACAAGGCUCUGAGUGCAGGAAAUAUUGACGAGGCUGUACGGUGCUAUACCGAAGCCUUGGCUCUGGACCCUUCAAACCAUGUCCUGUUCAGUAACCGCUCAGCUGCCUAUGCUAAGAAAGGCAACUAUGAGAAUGCUCUCCAGGAUGCCUGUCAGACCAUCAAGAUAAAGCCUGACUGGGGAAAGGGCUACUCCCGCAAAGCUGCAGCUUUGGAAUUUCUUGGUCGAUUGGAGGAUGCUAAAGCAACUUACCAUGAGGGACUCCGGCAAGAGCCAAAUAAUCAGCAGCUAAAAGAGGGUUUACAGAACAUUGAGGGCCGGCUUGCAGAAAAAACAAUGAUGAACCCCUUCGCCAUGCCCAACUUGUAUCAGAAGCUGGAGAGUGAUCCUCGGACCCGUGAGUUAUUGUCAGAUCCCAGCUACAGAGAAUUGCUGGAGCAGCUCAGGAACAAACCCUCGGAGCUUGGCACGAAGCUACAGGAUCCCAGAGUGAUGACCACACUCUCUGUGCUGCUGGGACUGAACCUCUCUGAGAUGGAGGAAGAAGAGGAGCCCACCCCUCCUCCUCCCCCAAAACCCAAAGAGACGCAGCCACCUCCACCCAAAGAGGAAGACCUUCCUGAAAACAAGAGAAAGGCCUUGAAAGAAAAAGAACUUGGUAAUACUGCAUAUAAGAAUAAGGACUUUGAAAAGGCACUGAAACACUAUGAAGAAGCAGUCAAACAUGACCCCACCAACAUGACAUACAUUUCUAAUCAAGCAGCUGUGUACUUUGAAAAGGGAGAUUUUGAGAAGUGUCGAGAGCUGUGUGAAAAGGCCAUUGAUGUUGGCAGAGAGAACCGAGAAGACUACAGACAAAUUGCAAAGGCCUUGGCUAGGAUUGGCAACUCAUACUUCAAGCAGGAAAAAUACAAAGAAGCAAUUCAGUAUUUCAACAAGAGUUUGACGGAGCAUCGUACUCCUGAUGUCUUGAAGAAAUGUCAGCAGGCAGAGAAGAUAUUGAAGGAGCAGGAGAAACUAGCCUAUAUCAACCCAGAACUAGCCCUGGAAGAGAAGAACAAGGGCAACGAUGCCUUCCAGAAAGGAGACUACCCCUUAGCCAUGAAACAUUACACUGAGGCAAUCAAAAGAAACCCCAAUGAUGCCAAACUCUUCAGUAACAGAGCUGCCUGCUACACAAAGCUGUUGGAGUUUCAACUUGCCCUGAAGGAUUGUGAAGAGUGCAUCAAACUUGAGCCCACCUUCAUAAAAGGCUACACACGUAAAGGAGCUGCUUUGGAGGCCAUGAAAGAUUAUUCUAAAGCUAUGGAUGCGUACCAGAAGGCUCUGGAGCUUGACUCUUCCUCAAAGGAAGCCACAGAAGGCUUGCAGCGCUGUAUGGUCAGUCAGGCCAUGAGGAAUGACAGCCCUGAGGAAGUGAAGAAAAGGGCCAUGGCUGAUCCUGAGGUGCAGCAGAUUAUGUCUGACCCAGCAAUGCGCAUGAUCCUUGAGCAAAUGCAGAAGGACCCUCAGGCACUUAGCGACCACUUAAAGAAUCCAGUUAUUGCUCAGAAGAUUCAGAAACUCAUUGAUGUUGGACUGAUAGCCAUUCGUUGAUGAGAGACAAGAGCCGGAUGUGUGAAGAAACUCCCGAGACUGCAGUGGAACAACAUGCGAAACCCUCCAAAAUAUUACAUCCUCUUUUCUUGCCUUCAAAUUCAAAAUUAUAUUGUCCUUAGUCUCACUGAGACUUUGUGUGUAUGUUAUGUUUUUUAAAAUUACACAACUUUUACAUUGUAUCUAAGAAAGCAUCUUGGACUCCAGAAAUCUUUCUCUGAAUAAUCUGGAUUCAUGUGUACAGAUGCUUAAAUACAUCUUAAAAUAAACAUCACAAUGCAGUGCACCAGUAUGUUCAAUGUUUAAAGGGGAAAUCCACCCUAAAGCAGUUCACAUAUUCCUGUCACUUCAUGGAAGCAGUAUAAGGAAAUGAAACAAAAAUUUCUAAUUAUUCUAAUCUUUUUGCUCUCCUGUUUAAAGCUGUCUACUGUCUGGUGGAUAUUUGUGUACUCUUAUCAAGAAAGCGCUGAGUGUUUCUUUUAUUGCAGUGGAUGGAUCUAGACAAAUUGUAACUGGGACUGGAAUAAUAUGCUAUUGCCUUUUAGAGUUGAGGGAUAUUUUGACAUGAUAAGAUAUCUAAGGUUGAUCCUUAACGGUUUAUUAAAUAAGUUCAUACUGCAA